AUGAAUUUCGAUUUGAACGUUGAGUGUGGAAGUUUCAACGAUAAUGAGAGCCGUGGCAAUGUUAGCUUCCGGGGGAGCGGCAAUAUUUUCUCGGAUGAUGAAACUGAGCUAUCACGCUGCAAUGUUGAAUCUGAACUGCAUGGCAGUAGUAGAGAAACAGCGAAUGAUGGAGAUGACGCUCUAGAGGAGCAAUUAUUUUGCGUCACUAUACAGUUCUCCUCUGAUGGGUCCAUUUCAAACACGCCAUCAUGUGAUCAUAGACUUGAAUCAGAAUUGCAUGCGUCAAGGCUCAAUCUUCUUGAGGAAAUUGAAAAGAGAAAGAUUGCAGAGGAAACUUUUCUUUUGAUGCACAGUCAGUGGGAGAAAAUUAGGAUCCUUAUGUCUGAAGCUGGACUUACUUUUCCUGCUCCUCCUGCUAUUAGUGAUGGCAUGCAGCUCGAGGAUCAGGAAGUGGAUAAAAUGUCCCAGGAAGUUGUUGCUGCUAAAUUUGUUGCUGAAGCAGUUGGAAGGGGUCUAGCACGCGCUGAGGCUGAAGAAACUGCUUCGGCGAUCAUUGAAUUGAAAGACCUGGAGAUCCUCCGGCUACGUGAUAGAUUGCAGUACUAUGAAACUGUUAAUCAUGAAAUGUACCAGAGGAAGCUUGUUGCGUGACAAUGGAACUGGAGAGGAGCCUAGUCGCACAACUGCAUGGAGAUUGAGCCAUUAUAGUAACACGAAAAAGGACUGGAUCGAUGAGGCCUCAAAGGAAGUUUAUGUAAGUGAAUAGUUAAUUAUUGUGUGUAUAUGUAUUUAUGGAAAUUAUAAAUACUAAUAUAAUUUAAUUGUUUAAGAUGAGCUUAUGAAGUUGCAAGCUGAAGACAUUGAAGAUCCUAUGUCAGAAGAUGAAGCUUUUGUCAAAGUUCUUGGUGAAGAAAAAUCGAGCCGACUUCAAGGAUGUGGAGAUGGAUUGAAGCCACCAUCCAAAAGAGGAAAGAUGAUUAAUCUUGAUUUGCAAAAAGAGAAUGAAGAGUUGAAGAAAAAGAAUGAAGAGUUGGCCUCUCGAUUUGAGUCUUUAGAAGCUUAAAUUAACGUGAUCAUGUAUUUACUUGAAUAAGCUUCCGCAUCAAUUUUACAAUUCAAUUCUGUUGUUCUUAUAAAUAAACGUGAUCACACUGUUUUAAAUAAGCUUCUACAUCAAUUUCAUAAUUCAUUUAUUAGAAAUAAAC